GAUAGUCGCUGUAGUCGCUGUGAUAACUUAUUUUUUUUGUGUGAAAACGAUGAGUGAAUUAUUUCUCUAUUAUUGAUUCCUCAUUGAGUGAAAUGGCCCUUGACACGUGGUCCAGGGGAUAUCGAAGAGCUGAUCAAGCGAAAGAUAGCUUGCUAACCUUUAAUUUCUUCUGCUCAACCUCCUCUAAUGUCCCAUGAGUUGGCCUGCACUCAAUGCAAUAUGUAUUUGGAUGGACGUUGAGUCAAAUCCUCAAUCACUCACAUGCAUAUUGUCCCGCGUUGCAAUUUUGUCAGUUGAAAUGGAGCGUGGUCUUCUUUGACAAUACAUUAUGGGACAGAGACACCGCUCACUGAUGAUGGAAGAAGUGACCACAGCAACUCUGAAGACCCUCAUCACAUAUUGGAGCAUAUCAGCACAUCCCUGGACAUGCAAUAGGUUUAGUGUCAAAUUGCCUUUGGAGUAGCUACAGACCUCCCUGGUUUAAUGGGUCCAAUCAUCGGGAUGUCGCCGGAUAAGAAAGCGGAAACGCCGAGGAUGCAGGGGGAGAGGGUGGGACUUAGGGGUUUGUGUGGGGGGGCGGGGACUCUCCCGGAGGCAGAGUGCGGUGCAGCCAGCCCAUUGGCCACCAGUCUGGACCGGGGGUCCGUUGGUUCCGGGGGCUCUGAGGACGAGGAGCUCACCAACCUCAACUGGCUCCAUGAGAACCUGCUCCAGAACUUUACCCUGGGGGGGGCCCAACCCAGUGCCAGCCCCCUCUUUGACAUUGAGGGCGACACCGGAGCCCCUCAGAACCUCCCCUCUUCAUCCUCUUCCUCCUUGUCACAGAGGGACUCGUUGAAGUCCAAGCCUCCUUUCUCAUUCUCUCUGUUGAUCUACAUGGCCAUAGAGCAGAGCCCCAGUAAGAGCCUGCCAGUGAAGGACAUCUAUGGUUGGAUCGUACAGCACUUCCCCUACUUCUCCUCCGCCCCCACCGGCUGGAAGAACAGCGUCAGACACAACCUGUCACUCAACAAGUGUUUCCGUAAGGUGGAGAGGAGCAUGGGAAAGCUGAAUGGUAAGGGUUCUCUGUGGUGUGUGGACCCAGAGUACAGGCCUAACCUGAUCCAGGCCCUGAAGAAGCAGCACUUCCCUGCAGCACAUGCCUUCUGCACACCGCCUGCCUCCCCACCGCCUGCCUCCUCACCGCCUGCCUCCUCACCCCAUAGACAUCUCUUCCUGCAGGGCUGCUCUCUCAAAGAGUCUGACAUAGAUGCUGCCACUGCCAUGAUGCUCUUAAACGCCGCCCCUGGCCAUCACCAUGCCAAUCCAUGUGAUCCAGAGAGUCCCCUGGACCUGUCCCGGCCAGACUUGGUCCUGGUGAGCAGCGAUCCUAACCAGGACCACAACUACAGCAGUAUGGCCCUGCAGCGCUGCUCCUCCCGCUCCUCCUCCUCCUCCUCCCUCGACGAUGGAGGCCCCUCCCCCGGCCAUGCCCGCCACAGGCCCCGUACAUGCCGCGCCGGCAGUGAGGGUUUCCAUAGCGACGAGGACGACUCCGACCUCGGGGACCGGGACGAGAGAGGCGGCCGCCCCCGGCCUGCUCCUCGCCGCUCCUCCUCCUCUUCGGUGAAGCACCCGGCGGGUAAGAGGGCCCGUAGGGAGCUGACAACCAACCCAGAGCUGGAUGAGGAGCUGAAGGAGGCGGCCGGGUCUCUGCUCCACCUGGCUGGAAUCCGUACCUCCAUGGACCUUAACAAACGCAGUGCCAAGAGCAAAAAACUGAACAGGAAAUGAGGUUGUCAUACUUUCCUGCCCUCAGACUCCUGCCCCUGUAACCCCUGACCCCUGAUCUGAUCAUGUGUCCUGAUUGGUCUUGGUUGUGCCUCCUAUUCUGGUUGCUGAUUUUUAAGCCUGUUUUUGGUUUGACACAUCCCUCACUAUCCAACACAAAUGGCAAUAGUAUCAUUGACACAGGAGAACAAAGCCAUAUUGAGACUUUUGUAACUGGGGUGUAUCAGGUGGGUGGGUCAGGGUAAAACUGGGAUGUUUGAGGACUACUGAGAAGAACCAUCACAAAACUGCUUGUUUCUGAUGGCUUCGCUGCAGAUCCUCAUCUCAAAUAAUGUUUUGGGGGAUAAGACGGGAAAAGCUUACAGUUUUUAUAACUCAAGGCGUUGCAUGCUUCCUCAACCUGUAUCCUCUUCCAAGAGAAUGUGUGCAUGUCUCUAACAAACUAACCUCUCCUCAUGUUGAAGUCAGUUUCUCCGUGCUGAAGAUGCCACUGUUUUUUGAUAGGUGACAACCUUGGUGUGGAAUAUCUUCCAAAAAGAGAUGCAAUAACUUAAACCACUUUUUAUAUUAUUUUUUACUGUUGUUAUUUUUCCUGGGUUGAUGACGGUACUGCUGUUUAAAAACAACAGAUUAAAGUAGUGCGGCUGAUCGUAAACAUCCUUACACGGAGUAGAACGCUGGACUGGGUCCAUGUCAGGAUUUAAUAGCAGGGAGUGGAAACGUAACCAAGGGAAUGUUGGAACUGCUACUGCCAUGGUGGGCAGGGGAAUAAAAUAAAGGUGUCCGACUGCUAAAUCAGGAAGAGUCCACUCUAGUCCUACUGAGAGAAACAUUACAUCUAGAUCAGGAAGAGUCCACUAGUCCUACUCUGAGAGAAACAGAAUUACAUCUAGAUCAGGAAGAGUCCACUAGUCCUACUGAGAGAAACUUUACAUCUAGAUCAGGAAGAGUCCACUAGUCCUACUCUGAGAGAAACAGAAUUACAUCUAGAUCAGGAAGAGUCCACUAGUCCUACUCUGAGAGAAACAGAAUUACAUCUAGAUCAGGAAGAGUCCACUAGUCCUACUGAGAGAAACUUUACAUCUAGAUCAGGAAGAGUCCACUAGUCCUACUCUGAGAGAAACAGAAUUACAUCUAGAUCAGGAAGAGUCCACUAGUCCUACUGAGAGAAACUUUACAUCUAGAUCAGGAAGAGUCCACUAGUCCUACUCUGAGAGAAACAGAAUUACAUCUAGAUCAGGAAGAGUCCACUAGUCCUACUCUGAGAGAAACAGAAUUACAUCUAGAUCAGGAAGAGUCCACUAGUCCUACUGAGAGAAACUUUACAUCUAGAUCAGGAAGAGUCCACUAGUCCUACUCUGAGAGAAACAGAAUUACAUCUAGAUCAGGAAGAGUCCACUAGUCCUACUGAGAGAAACUUUACAUCUAGAUCAGGAAGAGUCCACUAGUCCUACUCUGAGAGAAACAGAAUUACAUCUUCAUUGCAUUAGAACCUGCUCUUCCUCUGCUGGCCCCUCUAAUUCUGUCAUUAAUUAUUUGCAUUUAGUGUGUAAACUGAGAAAUGACAUUUAAUAUAUUCUAUCCUGUCUCGUCCUAUCUUAUCCUAUGCAAGGUGUAGUGUAGAUUAAUCUGGCUGAAACUAAGCACAUGUUGUUGUAACCAUAGUGAUACCAAGACAAUGCGCUUGGCAUGAGGGCGCUCAGUUUUCAAUCAUGUAAUACUAGUCACACCUACUCGAACGUUAGUAUUCAGGCCAAAGGGAAGUUAAAACAAAGAUGUUAUAAUAAUGUUGUUGUGAGGUUAGAUGGACAAUGUUGUGAGACUUAUUGUACUACUGCCCCUCCUGAAUGUUGUUGGCUGACCCUGUGGCAGAGUUCAGACUGUGGUGACAGAAAAAGGCUUUGCUUCGUCGGAGGGCAAAAUCAGGAAGUGCACCACUCUCCUCUCCACUGUACAGUAAUGUGUUGAGGGCCAGUUGAUUACAUUGAGUUCAGUGACGGAAAGUACAGGAUGUGGAAACAGAACUUGUGAAGUGAUUAGGCCAGAGUGGUGCUCUUUGGAACUUGCAUUAGUAAGCAAAAUGCCAAUAUGCCCAUAUGAUUAGAAUAGCUUUGUUGGUGCACUGCAGUACAGUGUACUGUCCUCUGUCAUGAGCCAACUUAAGUGCAAGUUAGGUUUCCACUUGUGUUGUAUCACAGGAAAUGUUAAAUUAAGUCACGUUAGUAAGUAUAUAUUGUAUGGAGUGCCAAAAAUUAAUUUGUGUCACAGAAGUGGAACUACCAAGGCCAAUGCAGCCAUCUUCCUCUGAUUACAGCAUUUGUGACUGACAGUAAUGUUGUUGCCCCUGUUUCUUAGAAGCCUGCCAACAGGAAAUGUAGGAGAACUCUGACAUAGUCUGAUAUUCAGUUUAUUUUGGUUGUUCUGGAAUGGGAAUCGCUGUAUUGUGUGAAUGGUAAUUUUGUUCUUAGAACUAAACUGCUGUUCUCCUAAAUAAGAUGGACAUGGAAUACACUGGUCUUAACUGGCUGUGAAUAAACAAAGAACAAAUGAAUGGUGUCCAUUUAAAUUUAUAAUGGACUAUUGAAAGGAACUUCUAUCAAAUAAAGGUACUUUGAAGUGAGUGGAAAGGUUACUUCCUCUCUCCCCUCUGGAAAAUCCUUUUGAUACUUAUUAAGUUUUAUUUUCUAAAUGAUAUUUUACUGCCAUAGACCACUAUUUUCACUAUGUGUUAUAGUGAUUGUGUGUCUGAGAAAGUACUGUAUAUUGCCAAUGUAUAUUGUCUUUCGAGCGGGUGUUUUUCAAUUUAACCAUGACUGCCAAGAUUUUCAAUGUUUUGUUGAUGGAUAAAAGACUAUUGAUUAACAUUGAUUCUGAACCAUUUUUUUUGCCAACUGAUGUUGUACAGAGAAGCAAAGGUAGACAUUUCAGAUGGCAUUCCCUAUCUUGAUAGGGAAAGUUGAUAUAAUCAUCAUAAAGGCGUUGAAGUUUAUCUGAAUUUGUACUGUUUAGAUAAUAUCCUGACUGCCCUAAGUAGUCACACCAUAGAUAUUAGUUGGCACCCCCUCUCCAUGUUAGGAUCCUGCCACCAUAGAUGUUGCCUACACUUACUGAAACUAAACACCCACAUUUCUGAGGGUUGCCCUGGUGUUAGUCUUGGUACCCCCAUGGACAUGUGUUUAAACGUAGAUAGUUGAGAACAACUUCCAGUAACUUGUUCAUGCUGUUGCUAGAAGAAAGCUCUUAUCAGACUCAACAUGAAGAUGAUCCUGAGUCUCAGUAAGUUCAUGUUUUUUUUUUAUACUGAACAAAAAUAAUGCAACAAGCAUUUUUACUGAGUUCGUUUAUAAGGAAAUCAGUUAAUUAAAAUAAGAGGUCCUAAUCUAUGGAUUUCACAAGGGUACAGCCAUGGGUGAGCCUGGGAGCCAGACCCAGCCAAUCCGAAUGAGUUUCUCCUCCACAAAAGGGUUUUAUUACAGACAAAUACUCCUCAGCACCUCAGACUAAUAAACACGAGGCACCCUAGGGGUCUGUAAAGUCACCAGUAAUGUUCACGUGACAGAUUAUGCUAAACUCAAAGCUACAUACAUAGGAUGCUUCAUUGUUUGAAAAUGUGUAUUGAUUAUGUGUUUUUAUUUUCUCACUCAGUUGCAAUUUAUUGAUUAUGAUAAAGCGUUUUGUCGCAUUGAACUAACUAAAGCUGCCGACCCAGUAUCCAUCAGUCGUCUGCCAUGUCUGUUAGACAGACCUUUUGGUUUUUGUAUGCUAACCUGUUCAUAAAAUGUUUAUAAAGUUUAUUUUCACCAAAGAUAUGCAAUUUGCAUUAUAUAUGGUAUUGCAAAAUAAAUAAAAUCUUGUUUUAUCA